AUGGAGAGGAUGAUGCAACAAAUUUCUGCAGUGAUUGUACCAUCGUAUGAAGGCAAUAUGGAGCACGCAAAUGCUAUGUACCAAAAUCAGCAAAGGCCGAGGUAUGAUCCGUACUCCAACACAUACAAUCCGGGUUGGCGAGAUCAUCCAAAUUUCAGCUACGCCAAUAAGCAAGCUGCGGAGAAUCCCACUUUCAAUCAACAAGGUGGUUACCAAGUAAUGCAAAGACCACAGCAAGAACCUCAAAGCACAAGUGUGGAUGACAAGUUUACUCUUAUGAUGCAAAGUAUGCAAGAGAUUUCGAAGUCGAUGCAAGGCUUCAACCAAUUUCAGCAGAAAUACGAGAUGACUAUGAGAGAUGUGCAAAACCAAGUUAGUCAAUUGGCUAAUAAUAUUAAUCUACUCAAGGCACAAGUGUCUGGAAAUCGUCCUUCUCAACCGUUGAACCAUAAAGAGAAUGUAAAUGCUAUUGAGCUAAGAAGUGGGAAGCAAGUUAAGCAACCGGCAACAUCACGGGAAACUCAUGAAUCUGUUUUAGAGCAAGAAGAGGACGAAACAACCCCUAACAAGGCUGAUUUGGUAAUGAAUUCCCACUCUAAACCUCUUGUUUUUACUAAUGUCACUCUACCUUUUCCUAAUAGGUUUGAAAAGUCAAAGAAGGAGACGCUAUACAAAGAGAUUUAUGAGAUAUUCAAGAACAUCCAAGUGAACAUACCGCUCCUUGAGGCGAUAAGGCAAGUUCCUCGCUAUGCAAAGUUUUUGAAGGAGUUGUGCACUAACAAGCACAAAUUGACCGGUAAUGAAUUAAUGAGUGUGGGGGAAAACGCUAUGGAGUAUCUUAUGAUGAAACUCCGACCUAAAUUAAAAGACCCUGGUAGUUUCACCGUACCUUGCACAAUUGGUAAGACAAUGUUUACAAAAGCUUUGCUAGAUUUAGGUGUAUCUAUUAAUGUUAUGCCUGCUUCAAUUUAUGAAUCCUUAAAUCUUGGUCCCCUCAAAAGUACCGGUGCAGUUAUAGAACUUGCCGAUAGAUCUAAUGUUUUCACGAAAGGGGUUAUUGAGGAUGUUUCGGUGCAGGUUAAUGAGCUUAUAUUUCCGGUGGACUUUUAUGUUCUUGAUAUGAAUGAUGAAAAUUUUUCCUCGUCUACACCUUUGUUGUUGGGUAGACCGUUCAUGAGAACUUCUAGAACUAAGGUUGAUGUCUACGAAGGCACUUUGGCAAUGGAAUUUUAUGGGGAGGUCGUACUCUUCAACAUCUUUGAGGCGAUGAGGUACCCGAGUGAUGUGUAUUCCUGUUUUGUUGUUAAUAGCAGAAUGGGUUUCCUUAAGGUUGUUAAAGACAAGAUUGUUUCUUGUAUACCAAAGAGACCAUAA